AUAUUCUGUGCUAUUUUGAUUAUUUUAAAAGCUAAUGAGUUCUGUGUUGGAUACUGUGUUCAAGUUAACAUGUCUUCAUAUGAAAUUUAUACUCAAAUGUAUUUUGGAGAUGUAAAGGUUCUUCUUUUUUUAAAUUUGAGGACAGUGGGACAGCUGAACAAUUGAAUGUAGGCAUAUAGUUAGAAACACAUGAGGACUUGCCCAGGUUACUUGGACUUACUGAGUGGAAUUGUCUGCACUAGGGAUGCAAAGACAUUGGUGCAGGCUUCCUAUAGUUUAUUCAGAUAUAACAAGUCUUAUUGAAAAAUGGGUUUAGCACUGCUUAAACAUGGUGGUAUAGCUUUUUAGGGCAAAUACAUGUUCAGAAACAGUAUGGCUGCUUCUUUGUAGUGCAGAGGAACAGCUAAUGAGCUCAGUGUAGUCCAAAUCGGCUGCACUAAAUAUGCUAUCUUAAGUGUUUUUGAACCCUGCCCAUCAGUAGGUAGGUAUCGCUGGUGAGCAGUGUGGAGACACUGGAGUGUCCCUGCAUGGUGAUGGAUCAGGACUGCUGAGGACUGGAUUGUGGACUGUGUUUGUGUGACUACAUGAGUGUUAGGGAUUGGAUUAGGAGUGUGCUUUUGAAGCAAACAUCCCUCUUGUCCCCGUUGUAAUGCAGUCUCUGAGAGUAUUGACUGUAUUCCUGCUGGAUGAAACACAAAAGAUAUUUUCUAGUUGCACACUUAACGUACUGUAGCCCCUAAUGAGCAUUCAGUCUGUGGGACCAGACUAUAGGUGAUCUGAAGCAAAACACUGAAAUACAAAAAGUUAAGAUGUUGGAUAUGUGUCUCUAGCACUAGCUCGCUUGUUUUGCCCCAGUGAUCUGUUUCCAUCAUACCAUGUACCUGAUGUAGACAGGCAGUCCUGGGUUGGUGCUUUACAGAGCCACUUAGGUGUCAGUGCCAUGGGACUCAGUACCCUGAAUUGGAGGAGUUCUUUUAAAUUCAGCCACAGCUGUGCAUGAAUCUGUCCAAACAGGCUGGGCCUAUCUACUGUUAGGUGCAAGCAAAUGAAGUCUUCCAGUACCUGGUUUACUGGGCAGUGUCAGGUCAAAAGAUGGGGGUGACUAUUUCAGAGGUCACAUCCUGUCUAGCAGGAGAGUUCAGAGCUUCUACUAGACUUAAGCUGACUUGACUCUAAAUCAUCUGUGUAAGGAGAGGAAAAUUUUCACAGUGAAAAUUCUGUGAACUUUCAGGCUUUUUGUUCUGUUUAUAUAGUGGUAGAAAAGUUCUUAACCACUCUUUAUAUAGACUCUGAAUCUUUUUGUGACCACAUAAGGAUGGGAAUCAAAGUGGUAGAAACUCAGAUGUGGUUUGCUGCAUGACUUUUAAGGGGAUCACUUUUGACUGAGGCUUGUCACAAAUGUUGGUGAAGAUUGCACAGUGUACCUAGGUAUCCUGUUCACUGUUCUUUGUAGCUGGCAGAUUUUUCCCAGUAUCUCACUUAAAUUACUUUGCUACAAAUUAAACUUUCUUGUAUAACUGGGCACCAGAAACAACUCACUCCCCUGGGGUUCAUGUUACUGCUAUUACUGUUGUCCUUUUUUUUCUGUUAGUCAUUAAUUGUAAUGGGCUUGAGCAGUUUGUUCAAGCCUUCAUGGGAGUUUUGUGUGGAAAUAAUGUGUUGAUUCUCCAGAUGUAAACAAAGUAUUUGCUUUAAAGGGAAAAGGUUUUAUCUUUGCCUUUUUGUAGGUGAGACAGUGAUCAGACAAAGUACUUAACUGAGAGAAAUUGGUGUUUUAAAUUUAGAAUUAUGACGUUUCCUUAACACUUAAUUUAAAGUUGCAGGUUUUUUUUCUUGUCAAGAUAUAAGGCUUCUAAAAGUCUCACUUUCUUCUGCAACUUGUUUUUUUUUUUAUUGAGCAAAUCAGUUUCAUUGUACCCUUUUUGCAGAUCGAAGACUGAUAUAAACAGGGAAAGUGACAGCUUAAUUCUGGGGUCAUUGAGAAAGCCAGUGGAGAGCACUGUUUUCCUAUGUCCCUCUACUGAUCUGAUACAGCAAAUUUAGAAGCCUCUCUUAUUUUGCAUUUUAAAUGUUCUUCUGUACAUCUGUAUGAAAAUUAUCUUCAGUUGCAGGAAAGGCAGUAUUGGUAGCUCUGGCUUUUCCAAUGCUACUGGAGUUCUUGCCGAUUCUUCUGCCACGCCAUUUCUGCUGUCUAUUGGAUAUGGUGCAUUGGCAAGGAAAGUCUGAAGAAAACAAUUGUACCGAUGGUGAGGAAAUAUAUUUUCAAGACAAGAUGCUAACAAAAUUGGAUGAGAUAUUAAAGAAUGAGCCAUGGAAACUUGGAUUCAGCAGGAUGACCUACAGGGAACUGAACCUUUCUUACUGUGAGUCAACGUGGACCGCCUUUUGCCAGUGUGAACAUCUCCUCUGGAAGAUUCCUGACUUGCAGAAGAAUGCAUUAAUUCUGUAUGAUCAGCUCAAGAAACAGUGUAGAGAAAUGGGACACACUUAUGAAGAUCAAGACGAAUUAGCACGUUUUGUGUCUAAAGAUAUGUCCAUUGAGCAUGCUUGGCAAUCUCUUGAAUUUUUGAAAGAUCAGCAUGUAGUGAUUAAAGAGAAAAAAUUAGUGUUUCUGCCUCAUCUUCACAAAUCUGAAAAAGACAUUGCAAUGUAUGUAGGUAACCUUCUAACAAACCCCUCAUGGCAUCUGGAUGUUGAUGCGAGAAAGAUACUUAGCAGUGAGACAUCAAGAGAAAUGGUAGAUAACAAAGUGAACGGUACCCAGGCUCAUGAAAUGGAACGUCUGGACAAUCGUAACUGUGAAAAUCAAUUUCCUGAAAAGGAAGUGGAGUCUGCAUCUGGUACCCAAAGUAAAGCAGAGGUAGACUUAGAUCAGGUGAUUGCUAUGGAAAAGAUUUGUUUUAAUCCUGUCACAAUCAUAAGUGGAAAAGGAGGCUGUGGGAAGAGUACAAUAGUUAGUUGCCUUUUUCGUCACUUAAAGCAGGUGGAAAAAGAAGUGGAAGCUGCUUCUAGGGACUUUGAAGAAGACCUGGAUGCAUCUGAGGAGUGGAAUACCUUUGAUGAUCAUUUGGAGUCAGAGAAUAUAUACACAAAAAAAAUUUUGAAUGUACUAUUUACUGCACCGACAGGGAGGGCUGCAAGCCUUUUGAGUGAAAAAACUAAGCUUCCUGCAUAUACAUUGCAUCAGGUCAUCUAUAGUUUUAGAUCAUGGAGGCAUAGCGAACAAGUACAGCCGUGGAAGUUUUCUACUGUGACGAUUCUGAUUGUGGAUGAAGGAAGUUUGGUGUCUGUUCACAUUCUUAGUUUAGUUUUAAAACUAUUGUUGGAGCAUGCUCAGCUUGCCAAACUUAUUAUUCUAGGUGAUACUAAACAGCUGCCAAGCAUAGACCCGGGAAACUUGUUAGCUGAUAUCUUUGAGGGUCUAAAAUCAAGAGGUUUUUCUGUGGAACUGCGAACUAAUCACAGAGCUGAAUCGCAACUUAUUGUAGAUAAUGCAUCAAGAAUCUCUCAGCGGAAGUUUCCCGAAUUUGAUGAGGUGCUGAAAGUUCCUGGUUGGAAUGAGGAAAUGAAAAUGCCAAGCCCGGAGAAGAAAUUCAUUCUUAUUGCUUUGCCUGCUGGUGGGGGUUGUGAUGGUUUACAAACUGCCAUAAAGACUUUGCUUAAAAAAGGACCAGGAUUGCAGGAUGCCAAACAGUCGCAGUUCAUUGCUUUCAGAAGGCAAGAUUGCGAUCUAAUAAAUGAGGUUUGCUGCCAACACUAUUCAAAUCAUGCAAUCAGGGACCAUAAAAAACGACUUUUAUUUCAAAUUGAUGACAAGAUUACCUGCACAAGGAAUGCAUAUCUUAAGGAUCUCUUGCCAGUCUGUGGUUUCAGAGAGGAUCCUAGUUGCCAUGAAUGCGAAAGUGGAGAACUCCCCCUCACUACAAGGCCUGCUGAGGAUGGCAAGCGACUAUGCAAUGGAGAUAUAUUUUUCAUAACAGGGGAUGUAGAAAUUGAUAAAGAGCGCUUAUUGACCAUCAGCAGCACGUAUGGCUCCACUUUCACUGUGAGGUAUAAGGCAAUGAAGAAGCUCUGUCACAUAAAACAUGCAUGGGCCAGAACUAUUCACACAUUUCAGGGUUCUGAGGAAAAAACGGUUGUCUAUAUGGUUGGCAAUCCUGGCCGUCAGCACUGGCAGCAUGUGUACACAGCCGUGACCAGAGGACGCUGCCGUGUCUAUGUCAUAGCUGAAGAGAUGCACCUUAGGAGAGCAGUCACCAACAGGAACGUGCCCAGAAAAACUCGCUUACAGAGAUUUUUGAGAGAGGCAAUCGCAGAAACAAGCAACUGUCCCAAGCAGGCUUCUCCCCUGACAAAGAGCUGGCAAAGUCAAGAGCUUGCAACUCAGUCUGUUUGUGUAACUCAAGGUGCACCUGACCCAUCUGAACCUCUGACUGACUUGGUUAAACAGGAGGAGUCAGCAGGUCUUAAUGCAGAAGAGCAGAUGGGCAAUUUGCAGCAAAGUCCACAUAAAAGAAAGCAAGGUCUUGCGGAGAAUUCUGAAGAUGCUAUGAAAACACCCUCUACAAAAGUACAAGAUUCUCCACUUGGAUGUUCCAGACUUAAGAAUCUAACUUUGGGACAAUCUCCUAGGAAGCUUUUCAAAAGCUAACAAAUGACUAACUGUCCACAUUAUGAAUGUACCUGUUCAUUCAGGCCUUCUGAAAUGGAGAAGCUUGUUAUGCAGAUGAAUUUCAAAGGCUCUCCUCUGGUAGCACCUUCUGUGAAGAACAUAAGUGAACCACUUAUAUUUUUGGUGAUCUCAUUUUAGUGGGAGAUUCCAUGGUGUGUUAGUCAUUGAAAAUCAUAUCCUUCUUUUGUUUUGGUGAACUUACAGGUUCUACAGGAUCCAGAAGUUCCCUUACAAAAUACACAGGGACUUCUUGGUUUAAAGACCAGCCAUCCAUUCCAAGACUGAUCCAUCUCCUAACGCAACAGCAUUGAUGAGAAGCUGUUACUGAUGUGCUGAAAUUGCAGUUUGCUCUUCAGUCAAAAAGUAGUUUACGAAAGAGACAUCAUGUUUUUCUACAGUGGUAGAAUUAUAGGCACAAAGCUUAAUCUUGUCAGAAAUAGAACAAGAAAGUUGCAGUCAGUGACACUGAAAAUUCUUCCCACUUUGUACUUGAAAGUGAUGUGAAACUGGCGAUUGAUGCACUACCUAAUGGUCAUGUGCCAAUAAUGCUCUUGGUAAAAAAAACAAAUUCCAAGUCAGAGCUCAAAUAACAUUCCAUUUUCACCCUUCUCUGUGUAUUAUGUGACUUAUUGCAUUGUAAUUUUAGAGGUUUAUAGGCUGAAUGUUUGUUCAAACUUCAGGACAAAUUGUGUUACAAUUUUUGACAGCUUGCUUGCUUGCUUUUAACAAUUUUUUUUUUCUUCUUACACACAUGGCUGGUAAAAGUACCACAGCAAGAAACAUGGCAUUGUUUGCUCAAACUGUUGAAAAAAUAUAAAAAUCAGGUAGUAUUUUUCUACUGUAAUGUCUUUAAAUCACUAUUUAUUUCAAGUUAUACAGUUUUUCCAUACAAAUAUUUGCAACAGUUUGAAUUUCAAAAAACGUAACAUAGACG